AUGUCUACCGAACCUGUUGAAGUUGAAGGAGCAUUUGCCGAGAAGCAAGCCCAAAUUUUCAACUUGUUGAAUAAAAGACUUGUCGAUCCUCUUUAUGCACUCACGAACGAAGAUGAACACAAUCACACACAUGUUUCGUUGAAGGAGAUCAAGGAGCUCGGUUGGCCAAUCGCGGUAGUUCCUGGUAGCCCCGGAAAUCGAAGCAAGGCGCCUGUACUUGUCAUUCAGGGCCUGAGCGACAAGAUUGUUUUGCCAGAGGUCACGCGAGAUGUAUAUAACGAUUGCUGUCGCGAAGGUAGCGAGAUUCACUUGCUUGAGUAUCCAGCAAAGUUUCACGGGUCUGUUAUGCCUGCUGCGGCACCCGAAUGGCUUGAAUGGAUGGAUGCAAGAUUUAGGGGCGAAGCAACCACCGGAAAGUGUGAUACUUUUGUCAGAAAGCCACUUGAUCAAUCGCUAGUGAAGAACCCACCAGAAGAUGAUUAA